AUGGGUAGCCAGGAAGGAUCGAAUCCGACGACAAUACAAGCGGGAGUGCAGAGAGCUCCCCGAGUAAGAAACUCCUCACCUGUACGCAAUACAGUCGCCCGUACCGGUAGUCGAGCACAGGAUAAUGGUGCUGCUGCAACGAAUACCCGUGCCAGCGACGUAUCGGAUGCUGUGCAAGACUACGUGGAUGCGAUGCGAUUGUCCCAGGACUCGAUACCACCGUCCAACUUGGCAUCUCAUGAUGGAACCCCGCGCAGCAGUGAUUCGUCUGGGCGGAGCAACGCAACCACAGGGUCUUCUCGUGUGAGAGGCUCGACGGAACGGAGCAGCGCAUCCGUGUCUACUAGUACUCGAUCGAGACAACAUGCGCCAAUUCGAAACCGGAGACGAGCAGCACAAGAAGACUCUGAUGAUGUACCCGCCCGUCGUGGAUCAGAUGCCGUUCAGCGUUAUGUUGAUUCUCUAAGACUGUCCCAGCAGAUGGAGCAGGAGGAUCCCGACCGCAUGGCAACCCUUGACGAGUCACUGAACCGAACAGGCGUUGACACGGAGGGGGAAACGGAGGACCCGAGCUCUCAGGAGAAUUUGGACCAAAAGAUGAAGGACACAGAAGAACAAUUAAUGAAGGCCAAGGGAGCCUCCGGAGAAGGUUUUGAUUUAAUUCCAACGCAACCUGUCCGACAAGUCUCCCAGGUACCUGGAGCCUACCCGUCGGCUCCAUCGAGACCUGCUGGUAGGGAGAUUAGUCAGGAUCUAUCCCAAGGCGUGCUUGAAGAGCUACGUAACCUGGAACCGGAUAUUGACCAUCCAUUCGAUAAUGGAACAAACCCUGCCAGUGUUGGACAAGAGAACGAAUCAUCAAUGCCGAUCCUCGAAGCGGUGCCAGUUACAGAUGACGAUGUGAGAUCGCGCAGAAGCAUCGAAGCAGCGGUGCGUCAAAGAAUCUUACAAGAAGCGGUGCAAGCCGAUGUUGUGCAAGUUGAAGACUUGGAAACUGGAGGUCACUUCAACGAUGAACCUGAGGAGAAGCCGGUGCGAAAAUCAAAGGGGCCGUCUCGAAUGCUUGCCAUUUUGCUUCUGGUGCUCUUGAUUGUCGGCGUGGGUCUGGCGAUUGGUCUUUCACGUCGCGGCAAAAGUGAUGACGAGUCGGAGCAAGUCUCGCUGCCGGAAAGCAGCAGCGGUCUCGAUGUAUCAUCUUCCCUAUCAACAUCAUUGGAACAAAUCAAGGAGCGUGGUCACAUCAGAUGUGGCAUGUACGUGGAUCAUCCAGGCUAUGGGUACCAGGAUCGAAAGACUGGGGAAUAUUCUGGAUUCAAUUUUCAACUCUGUCGAGCCGUCGCAGCCGCUGUGUUUGCAGAUGGAGACAGUGUCGAGGUAGUCCCCGUCAACGCUGGGAACCGUUUUGCCCGGCUCGGUGCUGGAGAGGUUGAUUUGAUCUCCCAGGCUACAACCUUUACCAUGGGGCGAGACAUUUUAGAGUUCUCCACAGGGCAAGGUUUCUCAUUUUCUUAUCCCUUUUACUUUUCGGGCCUGGGCUUUGGUGGGAUUCAGGAGUUCGUAGAGUGCGCUGAUCGGCUAGACCCAUUCCAUGGCGUUUGCCGGGGCUUGAAAGUAUGUGUGACCAUGGGUACAACGCAAGAGGCAAUAGUGAAUGAGCUUCUGCCAGGUCCUGUUGCUGUCCGGUUUUCUGAUCCCACAGAUGCCCUUCUGUACAUGACGAAUGGCACUUGCAAUGUCAUUGCAGCGGAACCUAUCCUGAUGCAACCUUUACAUCUCAAACAAGCGUUCGGUUUGUUCUUGGAUGAGGAGUUUGUCCUCGGAAACAAUUCCUUCUCCAAGGAUCCUCUCUCUCUUGUCACCCUUGAUUCUGACCCUAGAGUAUCUGAUAUUGUCAAUUCGGUCGUCAAGAUCAUGUAUGCUGCGCAGGGGAUGAACAUAUCUCGAGACAACGUUAUGUUGCACGACUUCGAUCCGAGUGUCCCUACAGCGUUGAAGAAUCGGUUCAAAGAUGUGAUUUCGGCUGUUGGCAACACUGACGAAUUGUACGAGGCCGAAGCUGCACAUGUGCUUCCAAAACAUGGUGUCAAUACCCUGAAUCGACAUCAUGAUACCGGCUUGCUGUGGUCAUUCCCGUUCGGCCGCGUUGACGAGGUAAACCCUGAAGAGGCCAAAACCUCAGCCACCAUGGAUAGACUGCAGAUUUCCGGUGUCCUCAAGUGCGGCAUUUCUGGAAUGGAGCAAGGCUUUGCAUGGUACAACCCUGCAAAGGAUGAAUGGUCUGGGUUACAUGUUGAGCUCUGCCGAGGACUGGCUGCGGCACUCUUUGCAGGGGAUGUAUCCAAAGUUGACUUUGUAGUGGUCGAGACACUCCACCGCUUCCAUGCAUUGCAAAAUGGAACAGUGGAUGUGCUGAUGGGAGAGCAAGCUUCUCUAGCAAACGAAUUCUUUGAACCGUCCACCGGGAAUGCUUAUUCCUUUUCAUCUCCUUACUUCCACGGCUCCAACUCAACAGGCAACAGUUCAUCAUCUAUUCUGGCCAUGGCUACUCGACGAGAAGACAACCUCUGGAGUUCCUUUGUUUAUUGGAUAAUCAUGGCUUUGAUCUACGCCGAGGAACAAAGCAUCACGUCCUCUAAUGCCAUUGAAAUGCCAACUGUGAACGUCUUCGGGGUUGGCUAUGUUCAAUGCUUCAGAGAUCUAAUCGGAGCCAUCGGCAACUACGGGGAUUUGUACAACACAUCGCUGGCCACAGUCUUGCCACGGUCGGGCGGAAAUCUCUUGAACAAGGCGCCGUACAGUCCGCAGCAAGAGGCGUUCCCGCUCCACUAA